ACAGAACAAAGUAUAUAAAAGUAUCACUAAAGGAAGAAAUCAAACGGAAACUAAAUGAAUACGAAGAGCAACGUAACAGAAUAACUCUCAGAAGCAGUUUAAUGUACAGAACAGUGUGCGGCCUCCAACAUGUAGAGCUGAGGUCCAUUACAAUCGUUUGGGCGACACUUUGCGUCAAACGCACUCGGACGAGUUUAAUAACAAUCAUUCAGGCGUAACUGAAAGUUUUAGUUUUGAAUUGACUGAAUAUUAAAGAAACUGAAGCUUCCCGUCAAAUUCAGUCAGCGUGUCAGUGAAGGUAAAUCUGCACUUCACUGCAGCUUCAUGACGCCAUCUAGUGGCCUGAUAGUAGAAGUCCAGCAGCUGAUGGCAGCUUCCUCUGCCUCACUGCUGUCUGACUGCAUUCAGCUGACACUGAUAUGAAACAGAAAGUAACAGCCAAUCACUGGAGGAGCAGCUGAUCUUCUUACAGGAGAAAUGAUGGAAAGGAGGAUUUCAGCUGAUGUGCAGAUGAAGGAUUUGUGUUUCCUCUCCAGAUCAAAGUGUGUGUGAGCUGAUGUGGAUGUGAGUUCAGCAGCAUGAAUCAGUGUGAGGACAGAGAGGAGGGAGCCCCUCCCUCUAAAACCAGUCUGUGUGGGGAACAUGGCAGCCAGACCAGAGCUCAGAGCCCAGAGCAGCAGAGACCAGACUCUGCUGGACCUGGACCUGAGCCCAGCUGUGUGUCCUUCAAGAGUGACCGGUCAAAGGGUCACCUCAUUACUUUUAAAGGACGACAGCCCUCUGCUGCAAAGAGAGUCGACCAGGAGAGCUCAGAGGUUCCCAGUGGUCAGUCUGCCCAGCAGCAUCAAACACACCUGGACUCCAUAUUUAUGCUGCUGGAGGAGAACAUUGUCACUUUUGUGAAGAACGAGCUGAAGAAGAUCCAGAAGGUUCUGAGUUCAGAUUACCCAGAAUGCUUAGAGAGUCAGAGGGAGGAUGAGGAGGUGUUGGACGGUGAGGAGGAAGAGCAGAUGAGGAGCAGCAGAGAGGCAUUUCUGAAGAUCACACUGCACUUCCUGAGGAGAAUGAAGCAGGAGGAGCUGGCUGACUGUCUGCAGAGCGGAAGUCAUUCUGGAGUUUGUCAGCGUAAACUUAAAUCUAACCUGAAGGAGAACUUCCAGUGUGUGUUUGAGGGGAUCGCUAAAGCAGGAAACCCAACCCUUCUGAACCAGAUCUACACAGAGCUCUACAUCACAGAGGGAGGGACUGCAGAGAUCAACGAUGAACAUGAGGUCAGGCAGAUUGAAACAGCAUCCAGGAAACCAGACAGACUAGAAACAACAAUCAGACAAGAAGACAUCUUUAAACCCUCACCUGGAAGAGAUGAACCAAUCAGAACGGUGAUGACAAAGGGAGUGGCUGGCAUUGGGAAAACAGUCUUAACACAGAAGUUCACUCUGGACUGGGCUGAAGACAAAGCCAACCAGGACAUACAGUUCACAUUUCCAUUCACUUUCAGAGAGCUGAAUGUGCUGAAAGAGGAAAAGUACAGCUUGGUGGAACUUGUUCAUCACUUCUUUACUGAAACCAAAGAAGCAGGAAUCUGCAGGUUUGAAGAGUUCCAGGUUUUGUUCAUCUUAGACGGUCUGGAUGAGUGUCGACUUCCUCUGGACUUCCACAACACAAAAAUCCUGACUGACGCUACAAAGUCCACCUCAGUGGAUGUGCUGCUGACAAACCUCAUCAGGGGGAACCUGCUUCCCUCUGCUCGCCUCUGGAUAACCACACGACCUGCAGCAGCCAAUCAGAUCCCUCCUGAGUGUGUUGGCAUGGUGACAGAGGUCAGAGGGUUCACUGACCCACAGAAGGAGGAGUACUUCAGGAAGAGAUUCAGAGAUGAGGAGCAGGCCGGCAGAAUCAUCUCCCAUAUCAAGACAUCACGAAGCCUCCACAUCAUGUGCCACAUCCCAGUCUUCUGCUGGAUCACUGCUACAGUUCUGGAGGAGGUGUUGAAGACCAGAGAGGGAGGAGAGCUGCCCAAGACCCUGACUGAGAUGUACAUCCACUUCCUGGUGGUUCAGUCCAAACUGAAGAACAUCAAGUACGAUGGCGGAGCUGAGACAGAUACACACUGGACUCCAGAGAGCAGGAAGAUGAUUAAGUCUCUUGGAAAAGUGGCUUUUGAGCAGCUGCAGAAAGGCAACCUGAUCUUCUAUGAAUCAGACCUGACAGAGUGUGGCAUCAAUAUCAGAGCAGCCUCAGUGUACUCAGGAGUGUUCACACAGAUCUUUAGAGAGCAGAGAGGGCUGUACCAGGGCAAGGUGUUCUGCUUCAUACAUCUGAGCGUUCAGGAGUUUCUGGCUGCUCUUCAUGUCCAUCUGGCCUUCAUCAGCUCUGGUGUCAAUCUGCUGUCUGAACAACAAUCAACCUACCAUGAAUCUGCUGUGACACAGUUCUAUCAGAAAGCUGUGGACCAGGCCUUACAGAGUCCAAAUGGACACUUGGACUUGUUCCUCCGCUUCCUCCUGGGACUUUCACUGCAGACCAAUCAGACUCUCCUACGAGGCCUGCUGACACAGAAAGGAAGUGUCUCAAAGACCUUUCAGACUCUCCUACGAAGCCUGCUGACACAGACAGGAAGUGUCUCAAAAAACAGUCAGGAAACAGUUGAGUACAUCAAGAAGAAGAUCGAAGAGACUCCCUCUGCAGAGAAAAGCAUCAAUCUGUUCCACUGUCUCAUUGAACUGAAUGAUCGUUCUCUAGUGGAGCAGAUCCAACAGGUCCUGAGAUCAGGACGUCUCUCCACAGAUAAACUGUCUCCUGCUCAGUGGUCAGCUCUGGUCUUCAUCUUACUGUCAUCAGAAAAAGAUCUGGACGUGUUUGACCUGAAGAAAUACUCUGCUUCAGAGGAGGCUCUUCUGAGGCUGCUGCCAGUGGUCAAAGCCUCCAACAAAGCUCUACUGAGUGGCUGUAACCUCUCAGAGAGAAGCUGUGAAGCUCUGUCCUCGGUUCUCAGCUCCCAGUCCUCUAGUUUGAGAGAGCUGGACCUGAGUAACAACAACCUGCAGGAUUCAGGAGUGAAGCUGCUGACAGCUGGACUGGAGAGGCCACAUUGUAAACUGGAAACUCUCAGGCUGUCAUCGUGUCUGAUCACAGAGAUCAGCUGUGCUUCUCUGGUCUCAGCUCUGAGCUCCAACCCCUCCCAUCUGAGAGAGCUGGACCUGAGCUACAAUCAUCCAGGAGACUCAGGAGUGAAGCUGCUGUCUGCUGGACUGGAGGAUCCACACUGGAGACUGGACACUCUCAGGGUGGAGCCCGGUGGAGUCCGAUGGCUGAGACCAGGUCUGAGGAGGUAUUCCUGUGAACUCACACUCGACACAAACACAGCGAACAGAAAGAUCAAACUGUCUGACGACAACAGGAAGGCGACACGUGUGGAGGAAUAUCAGCCAUAUCCUGAUCAUCCAGACAGGUUUGACUGGCCUCAGCUGCUGUGUCGAAAUGGUCUGACUGGUCGCUGUUACUGGGAGGUCGAGUGGAGAGGAGGAGUUGAUAUAUCAGUGUGUUACAGAGGAAUCAGCAGGAGAGGAGGCAGUGAAGACUGUGUGUUUGGAGGGAAUGAUCAGUCCUGGAGUCUGAGCUGCUCUGAUGAUGGUGGUUACUCUGUCUGUCACAAUAACAGAAGAACAUUCAUCUCCUCCUCCUCCUCCUCCUCCUCCUCCUCCUCCUCCUCUGUCUCUCACAGAGUAGCAGUGCAUGUGGACUGUCCUGCUGGCACUCUGUCCUUCUACAGAGUCUCCUCUGACACACUGAUCCACCUCCACACCUUCAACACCACAUUCACUGAACCUCUUUAUCCUGGCUUUGGAGUCUGGUCCAGGUCCAGGUCUGUUUCCUCAGUGUCUCUGUGUUCUCUGUAGGAGGGAGAGUCUCCUCCUGUUAGAGAAACACAUCAGUUGAGUCUGUACAGGAUCACAGCUACAGAAAUCUUUCAGGUUAUUGUCAUAAAUUCAUCAAUGAACUCAAAGUGAUUUUCAAAGCUUCUCCAUCUAACAGCCGUAAAUAAAGCCCAACAUUUUCAUGCUCACGGUUGUUUUCUUGGAUUAACGACAUUUAAAAAGGAAGAAGUCACAUUUGGCAUCAUCAUGAAAACUGAGCUGAUCCUAAAGACUGUUAUUAUAUUUGGUCAAUUAUUUUCACUUUCCUUUCAUUCCUGAAGCUCAUGAAGAAGAAAAGAUUGUUAAAUAUGACCAUUAAUCUUCUCUCUGGAAACGUCUAGUAUUUAUUUCUGUAAUUUGGUUUUUGUAUGGCGUUGCCGGGGGGAACCACCGCCAUCGUCUCUGAGGUCUUAUCAGGCAGGUCCAGGAUGCCUUUAUCAACACUGAUCUAAGAAAAUGUGAAACCUGCUGAAAACAAAAAGGUCAGUUUGUAAUAUGAGACCACCAUAACAACCAGUCACAUUGAGUGCGUACCAUGAGUGUCGUCACGGUAACAGCAGCAGUGAUCGACAGUUGUGGAAGUUGCUGAUGGUUGCCACGGCGAUGAAGGUGAUUUCAGGCAUGUGACCUCUGAAGCAAAGGUAGGCUUGUUUGAUAAUUUCUAACAUUUUUUCAUUAUUAAACAAAAAUGCUAAGACAGCAACUGUCUCAACUUUACAUUCUAAUUUUAUGCUGAUUAUAAUGCUGAAAACAAAAACUUUGAAUUAUUAAAGAAUAAUCUUGACACAAAAACUAAUGCUUAUGUAAUAACUUCCUAACAACCCAGUCACACACAGAUCAGAAUGAAUCAAUUUAUAGUAUGACG